GCGAGUCUUGCCUACAGCACCUGCGCGCGCCUAAAUGCGAGCCGCUCGACGGCUGCGCGUGAACUCACAAAACCCUCAUGGAUAUCCGAUCGUCUUCAGCCGCCCGAGGCAGGAUGGAAGAAGCAGAACUCUUAAAGGAGCGCCUCCAAGCUAUUACGAGUAAGAAAAAAAUUCAAGAGGAAAUUGCUCACAAACGGCUUGAGAUUGACAGGGAGAAACUAAAGCUUCAACAUGUCAAGAAAAGAUCCAUGAGAGAUCUGUGGCUCAUGGAUGGGAUGAACAGCAGUAAUGCGGAGGAAACGCAAAAAGCUACUGAAGAUGCGCAACAAACUAAACACCUCAAGAGCACCAUACAUCGGAUAGAGAAAGAGAUCGAAGCGUUGGAGAGAGAAGAAAUGAACAUCUCAACAAAUGAGGGGCUGAUUCUGAAGAGGCUCAAAGCCAUUGAAAAGUCUCCAGAGGACAUCAUUAAGGCAGUGAAUGCAGAUUUCACAUCAGAGCCCAUCUAUAUUCAUUCAACAAUUCCAAACAUGCAAACGCUUAGCACAUCCUUAUUAAAUCAGAGGAAGAAACAAGACCUGGAAACCGAAGCUAAAACUGACCAAGCCAAACCUGCUAUGUUUGCCAUGGAAAUCAACGUUCAGAAGGACUUGCGCACAGGUGAAAGCCAAGUCCUCUCCACCUCCACCAUUUCUCCCCAAGAGCUCCAGCAGAAGGGCAUCAAAGUCUACGACGAUGGCAGGAAGUCUGUCUACGCCCUGCGUACGGACGGCCUCCAGCCCGGUGCGAACGGAGUGGAUGAACUGAGUCCCACUGAGGUCGAGGAGCUGCUGAGACAGGCAUCUGAGAAGAAGAAGAGAUCCAAUCAGGUUCAGGUUCCCUACAACCUCUCCCACGAGGCCAGCGAAACCAGAGAGAGCCACAAAUCCAACGGAAACCAAGACCCAUACAGCGUUGACUUAUCGGCGUGGCCUGAGCUCGUGUACAAUGAUGGCGUGUGCUAUCCAGAGGACGUGGGACAUGGGCUUCCUCUCCUGCCGAUGCCUAAUUAUAACGACAGACCAGAAGAAUACUAUCACAACAGAGGAGAAAGACACACGCGUGGACAAUAUUACAACCAAAGAGAGAACCACAAGGGAAUGCGACUUCUGGAUUGUGACAUCAGAAACCACAGCCCGUGUUCGGCCUACUCCGAGGACUCCAAACUCAGCGUCCUGAACGCCAUGCCAUCGGACGAGCCCGUCACCAUGAUCUUCAUGGGAUACCAGAACGCCGAAGAUGACAGCCAGAGCUACGAGGGCUCGAUUCGGGCAGAGCUGGUGAUCAUUGGAGACGGUGAAGAUGAAGCGAGCAAGAGCUUCAACACCCAACAAAACUCCAGUCCCAGCAACGCCUGCUCUGCGGGACGGAAGGGCAAAAGAGACGGCACGGAGGACCCAUCCGCUACAGCAUUACAGAUACGGAUGGAGAAACUGGGCCAAACUGCGUAGCACGCACAUUUUGCGUAAGUCACACUCUGGGAACCCCGAGACUGUUUUGCGUGAUUGUCCAGAGAGGCCGGAGAGACAAGAAACACGAGCCAGCAUCUCAGAGGAGUCUUCUGAAUGUGAAAUGAGGAUGUGUCAUUAACAAUAAUAUUUCAGUAAUCUUUACGUUUUUUUUUUUUAUUCCUAUACAUGAUUUAAGUGCAUUUUUAAUGACAAUAGUGGUGGAAUAAA